CCUCCAUCAUCCCCUCCCAUCCCAUCCACUCUCUCGCUUGUUUUGCUGGCUUUUUCUUUCCGCCGCGGCAAAAGUGAGGCGCCGGGGGAGACGAACCCGUCAUAAUUCCACUGCUUAAUUGCGCCUCGUCGUCUCCUGCGUAUAAAACCACGGCCAUCGGAGCCGCCGGGCGGACUUGUUCAUUCUCCCUCGUUUCCCCGCGCGCGCAUGCCAAGGCCGGAUCGGGGGGCUCUAGUCAGAUCUCGCGCGCUUCUCGCCGGCCGCGGAACCCGAGGGAGUAGGAAGAUCAGAGGAGGAGGAGGAGGAGGAUGUUUAGCGGGACGCAGCAGAAGUGCAAGGUGUGCACCAAGACGGUGUACCCGAUGGACCAGCUCUCCACCGACGGCGUCGUCUUCCACCGAUCCUGCUUCAAGUGCCAGCACUGCAAGUCCACCCUCUCCCUGAGCAACUAUUCCUCGUUCGAAGGAGUGCCAUACUGCAAGGCCCAUUUCGAGCAGCUGUUCAAGGAGACCGGGAGCUACAACAAGAGCUUCCAAUCGCAAUCACCUGCAAAGCUUACUCCGGAAAAGUUGGCCCCUGAGCUGACCAGAUCUCCAAGCAAAGCUGCAAGAAUGUUUUCAGGAACACAAGACAAGUGUGCAACUUGUGGCAAAACCGCGUAUCCUCUUGAGAAGGUAACAGUCGAAGAAAAGGCCUACCACAAGUCGUGCUUCAAAUGCUCCCAUGGGGGCUGUGCCAUUACACCAUCCAACUACGCAGCCUUGGAGGGGACCCUCUACUGCAAGCACCAUUUCUCUCAACUUUUCAAGGAGAAGGGAAGCUACAAUCAUCUGAUCAAGUGUGCAUCGGUGAAGCGUGCGGAAGCACAGCCUGAACAACCAGCGCAACCAGCUGCUGAUUCAUCUUGAUCGUGCCAUCUUGAAAGCGAGGGUUCGGAAGCCUCCUGUUUUUACUUAAAACCACCUGCUGUAUGUUAUGCCGUCUAGCCCUGAGGAUACUGGACUUCUCUAUUUUGGUAUCCUCUGCUGUGCUAGCUGACUCACAUUGGUGAACCAUGGAAUUGCUGUCAUUUUCAACGAAAUUGUUGUGCACCGGGUACCCCUUAUUGAUCGAUAUAUUGUUGUGUUGCCUUGCGA